AUGUCUAAACGCCCAGUGCGCUCACAUACGAUUUCUAAAUCAUGCAAGAUACAACCUAAUACUCAGGUUACACUUGAACGGGUAAUAGGUUUUACGUUGAACAAUAACUGCGCAGUUGCAUUCUCUGAUAAAACUGGUCUUAUUGCUCAUGCUGCUGGGUGUGUGACAGUUCUUCAUUCAUUUGAAAAUGAACGACAACAAUUUAUACAAAGUCAAAGUCGUAAAGCCAUUACAGCAGUGGAUUUUAGUUCAGAUGGAAAAUAUUUAGCCACAGGAGAAUCAGGUCAUCAGCCAAUGGUUCGACUAUGGAGUGUGUCAGAUCAUUGUCAGUUAGCUGAAUUCGGUGGUCAUCAUUUUCGUGUCGUAGCUGUACGUUUCAGCCCGAACGAUCAAUAUUUAGUUAGCGUUGGUAGUCAAGAAGAUCAUACUCUGUAUGUAUGGGAUAGACAGAGUGGACAACGAGUAGCCAGUGCAAAAGUUACAAGUCGGAUCUAUGGAAUUGCUUUCAGUCCAAUGGGACAAUUUUUUGUUACAGUUGGUGUACGUUAUGUUCGUUUUUGGUAUUUAGAAAAUAAACGCAGUAAAAUUCGUGAAACUCUACCACUUCAUGGAAGAAAUGCUAUCUUAGGCGAUAUGUUCAACAGUGUAUUUACUGAUGUAUGCUGUGUUAAUUCGUCGUCGUCGUUGUCUUCUUCUUCGCCUACUUUGUCUUCCUCUAAUCCCGGUUCUACUCAAAUUCAUUCUGCUAAAUUGAAAUCUACAGCAGGAGGCGAAGGAAAAGAUCGUGAAGAUGUAACAAAUAAUAACAGUGGUAAAAUUGCAUCAGCAUCAUCAUCACCGUCUCCAGGUAUCGGCUCUACAACAACAUCAACCACAACAUCUAAUACUUUGACAUUAGUCGUAAAUACAGCUGGUCGUUUAAUACAAUUUAAUGGUCAAAGAGAUCUAGACAAAUGGGUUGAUUUAAAAACUUCUAGAGCAAACUGUAUUUCAACAAGUGGUUCAUGGGUAACUGUUGGUUGUACCACCGGUGUUUGUCUAUUAUUUGAAGCUGAAAGUUUGCAAUUUAUAGCUAAACUUCCUUUACCUCAUUCGUUGGGUUCCAGUUUACAUCUUCUUCCAGAUGUUAUUUCAAGUGGGAUGAAUGUAAAUGAACCCAUUUACCCUGAUAUUAUUGCAAUUAAAUUGGAUUGCAUACGUAAUCGUAUAAUUUGUUUUUAUAAUGAUCAUAGCAUUCAUGUUUGGGAUAUACAUGACUUAACAACGAUCAAUAAAUGUCGAUCGCAUUAUUACCAUAGUCGAGGUAUUUGGUCAGUGGAUUGUUUACCGGAACAAUGGCGACAGAAUAAUAACAUCGAUAACAAUAAUAAUACGAUUCCAUUAAAUCAUUUACAAUCUUGGUGGUCGAAUGAUAUGUUUGUCACAUGUUCUGAUGAUGGAACUAUUCGAUUUUGGAAUCUUCUUGGAAAUUGUCAGUCGACAACAAAUAAUGUUACCGAUAAUGGAAUUAGAUUGUCAACAAGUGUCCCAGUCAAUUCAGAAUUUAUAGGAUCUACAACGUUCGAAUGUACAGAACAACUUGCUGGCAUUAUAUACACUGAUCCAAGUCACAAAUAUCUAUGUACUAUUGAUCGUUCUUCAAUUGAAAUUACCUUGUCUAAAUUAGAAGGUGGGAUAGGUCUGUUAGGUGGACCAGGUUUUGUACCUGGUACAAAUGACCUGGGACAAAUUGAUUCUGCACUUCAAUCACCUGCAUCACCAUCACGUCCAUCAAUCAGUGAACAUUGUCAGUUGAUUUCUAGUUUAACGUCUUCACUUAAUACUGUUGGUGCUAGUAAUAUUACUAAUACUAAUAGUAGUAACUGUGCUACUGCUACUACCAAUAUCGGACCAACUUGUGUUCGUACCAUUUGUAUAAGUCCUGAUGGUCGUCAUCUAGCAGCUGGUGAUCGUGAUGGUAGUCUACGAGUUUACUCUUUGGAGACAUUAAAAUUAUGUUAUCAGAUACCUGCUCAUGACAAUGAAAUUCUAUCGUUGAAUUUCUUUCAAUCAUAUUCAGUUCCUCAACUUUUAUUGUUAUGCUCUGCAUCACGUGAUCGUAUGAUUCAUAUAUUUGAUCCGAAUAAAGAAUAUUCUCGUGUACAAACAAUAUCUGAUCAUUCGGGUGCUAUAUUUUCUGCAAAAAUCAUUGAAACAGAUGAUGGUGAAAUUCGUUUAAUCUCUUGUGGUAUGGAUAAAUCAUUAUUAUUUAGAAUACUUGAACCUGAUGAAUCUGGUCAAACAGCACAUUUCGCACUUGAACACCAUCUAGUUGGACGUCAUUCCCAAUUAGAUGCUGCUAUUACACCAAUGUUACCUAGUUCAAUAGAAAGUCGAAUGAAUUCCACUAAUCGUAAACGUUAUCUAGCUGUUGCAUGUCAAGAUAGAAGGUUACGAAUUUAUAAUGUUGUCACUGCACGUCCUGUACGAUGUUAUCGUGGAAGUUAUACUGAAGAUGGUUUUCUAGUUCGUUGUUCAAUUGACCCAACUGGAUCGCUGAUUGCAACUUCAGGUUCAGAUAAACAGUUGAAUUUAUUUCAUUUACUCACGGGUGAAUCAAUUGCUACAUUAUACGGUCAUUCAGAAUUGUGUUUAGGCUUAAAAUUUCUACCUAAUCUACGUUAUUUAAUAUCGGUUAGCGCUGAUAGUUGUAUAUUUGUUUGGCGUUUAUCAACAAAUUUAGCACAAUAUUUACAUGAACGUAUCACUACAUCAAGUAUGUUGAAAAAUAUAUUAGGCAAUUCGAUUAGUUAUCCUCAAUUAGACGGAAUUCCAUUAGAAAUAACAAAUGCAAGACUAAAAACUGGUAGAGAAGAUAAUAAUGAUUUGUUUAAUAUUAAUCGUUCCGAUUAUUAUCAUAUUCAUAAUGAUGAUAAUGAUAAUAUUGAUGUUGAUACAAAUCGAAAUAUAACAUCUCGAAAAUAUACUAGUAAACACAGCAACAGUAAUAAUAAUAGUGAUGAUGUUCUAAAUGAUUGUAACAGUAUGUUAUACAGCAGUGAAAUGAAUGAAUAUGAGAAUGAUGUUGACGAUGAUAAUGAUCUCGAUAACUAUGGUGAUGAUGAUGACGAUGUAACAUCAUUUAGUCAAACAAUGCCUCCAUCUGAAUGGAAUGAAUCACUUGCAGAAUAUGAUAAAAUUGAAAACUUGGAUAAUGAUGAUGAGAAUGCCGAUGAUGAUAUUGGUGGUGGUAAUGCUGACGAUGAUGAUAAUCAUGGUGAAGAUAGUGAAUUUGAUGCGUUUCCUUUAGAUGAUGUAUUAUCAGUUAAUGUUACAAAUCCUGUUACUAUCCAAAUGAAUCAUUUGAUGAAUAAGCAUAUUGUAACGAAACAUAAAUCUAUUGUCGAUGAGAACAAUUCACCUAAUUGGUGUAGCAAUAAUAAUAAAAAUAUUUUGUCUGCCAAUCACUUGAUUAAAGCUCAAGUUUCCGCUACCACUGCUACUAUUUGUAAUAGUAGUAGUAGUACAGUUACAAAUUCUGUCAAUCAAAAUAAUAAUGGCAGUAGUAGUAGUAAUCGUAGUGGAGGAAAGAAGCCGGAAUUCUAUUUUAGUGUUAGCGCACUUCCGGCUUGGGCGCGGAGAAAGCUGAGUCGUCGUGAAUCAGUGACCAUUGUCCCAACCUCUUUGACACAGGUUUUGAAUAGUGAGUUUGAUGUGAAUGGAUCGGAUUCAGCUAGUCAAACCUCUGUAGUAAGUGGUCCAAUAUUGCCUGUAUCGACUAGUGGUUCCUGUUCCCAUGAAACAGUACCUAACUAUGUUUAUCCAUUGUCGUCAUCAGUCACAGCAACAAAGAGAAGAUCAAAAUAUACUCGUGUUCGCUGCAAAACAUCAACUGAAGACAUUUCUGAAAAAGAUAUAUUAACACCAGUGUCUAGUACUACCACUACUACUGUUGUAUCAUUAUCUGUUUCCCAAUCGACAAUCUCAACCAAUAACCAUAAUCAUACACUUUAUUCACAAAUGUCUCGAUCAGAAUACAACACUAGAGAAUAUUUUAAUUUUAAUCAGAAUGAUGAAAUCAAUUGUAAUGAACAAAUAACUCAUGAAAGAAAAAACAAUUGGUUUACACGUGCUGUUUCUGCUCCGGAUACACCUCGUUCUUGGAAAAAAGAUGUUUAUAGCGUAGAUAAUAAACGAAAUAUGAUAACAACAACACCAGUGACAUCAGGAACAACGACUACUACAACUAUAAGAACACGGAAGAUAAUUGACAGUUCUGUAAAAAAACUUUGUCCUACUCAAAAGACUGUGGAAACAUCUUUCAUCAAUCGAGUCGCUGCUCAAAAUAGACCUAAGGAUUUGGCUUUAGAACAAUUCACACCACCAACACAUACCUAUGAAGUUUGUGCUAAUCGACUAAUAAUGAAUGAGUCGAUUACUGGUGGAGAUUGUCCGAACGCAUUGCCAUUAUUUAACAGACCUAAAAAUAAAUCAUCUCAACAACGAUCUUAUUCAGCUACGCAACUAAUUCCUUCAAGUUCUCCUAAACAACACAAUCCUCCUCCUUCUACAAUUGUUGAUGAUUCUGUCAAUCUAUAUUCAACAAAUAGUUUACAUCAUUUUCUUGAUGAUACAAAUACAAUUCAUGCUUUGAAUUACAAUUAUGGUGAUCGUUGUCAACAGCGUAAUCAGUCGAAGGAUUUGCGUGCAUCUGUGGAUAUAACUUCAAAGGCUUUAUUGAUGUCAUCAAUAUCAUCAUCAAAUUAUCAUGAUUCAAAGAAUCGUUUGCCUGCUGUCAAAAAAUAUUCUUCACAAUACCUUACCACUAUGCAAGAGACAAACUGUCGAAUGAACAGUGAAUCUGUGCCCAAGAGCUCAACACAUACUCCAAACUCAACUUCGUCUCAAUUUCAAUCAGACGAUUUAAAUUCAUGUAGAUCAGCUGUCGAAUCACUUCAUGCUCUUCGUGUAGCCUUAGAUUUGGCUAUUAGUCGAUUAACUAAAUUAUCUUGUUAUAAUCAUAAAAGUGAAGAACAUACAAAUCUGUGUCAAAUUGUUACUGAACAACUUGAAUGGAGAUUUUCACGUUUACGUGCUAUGCUUGGUCUAUCACCAGUUUGUGUUGAAGCACCAGUGGCUCGUGUAUUAAUUGCAGAUAUUGUAGAACGCUUGAUUCCAGAGUUAAAGUCGGCUUCUUCAAUGCUAGACAAUACAGAUGCUUUAAACAACAGUACUAACGAUGACAAUGUAGAUAUUGAUAAUCCAGAUAAUCAAGUAAACAGUGAAAAUAAAUCGCAAUUCCAAAAAGCAAUGAAUUUGUCUGAUACUUCUGUGUAUAAGAUGACCGAAAUGAAUGACAAUUCAACUAUCAUCAAUCAUAAAACUGUGAAUAUUGUUAAUCGCGAUGGUUAUAUUGACAAUAAUAAUAAUAAUAAAACGAGAGAUGGGAAAAUGAGAAACGUAACUCAUUAUAAAGAACAUGAUGAUGACAAUGGUGAUAUUCAUGAAACAUUUAUGCAAGAAAAUAAGACUCUCGAAACUAGCUGAAGAAAAGUUACCAUACUUUCUGUCUUUCUAUACUUGUUUUUUUCGUUAAUUUUGUAUUCAUUGUUUUUAUUCGAGGUUUUUUUAACGAAAUAUAACAGCUCUAUUUAUGGUAUGUACAUACUACUUAUUUUUCAUUUUAGUAUUGAAUUCAAUAAACUUUUGACCAUUUGAAUUUUUCCUAAUUAUCAAAUAUUGAACAGAUGGAAACAAAC